AUGCGAGAGGAACACCAAGAUGUAUUCGGCAUAUGGCAAAAGCACCUCCCUGAAUGGGGUUUCGAGUUCUCAGCUAUCCUGCACUUGAUACUUGCUCUGUCGGCACUUCACCUAGGGCAUGAUCAACCCGAAUUGCGGGACCAAUACAUUCGACAAGCCGAUCAUCAUUUCACGUUUGGUGUUCAAUCAGUUACAGCUAUUAUCUCUCAACUCAAUCCUGAAAAUUGUCAAAUGGUUUACAUGGCCGCUGUCAUGAUCUGUUUCAUCUACUUUGGGCGAGGCCCACGGCCCGGCGAAUACCUCAUUUUCAGUGAGCAUGGUCCGGCGGAAUGGGUUGUCCUUAUGAACGGAGUGAAACUCAUUCUACAUUUACAUCAUGAGAAAGUCUUCAGUGGAAUUCUUGAGCCCAGCGGCGAGGGAAUCUCAUGUGAAUUCAUACCCGCGAUGCGAGCUGAGCUUCACGAACAUAGAAUCCACCUGGAAGAAGUGCAGCUAUUCUUAGAAGCAGAAAACGCAGAAAAUAAUGAGCUUGACCUAAAGCUCGCUGCUCUUCAUGAUUUAUUUGAGCUUUUGUAUGAAAUGUACGAGAAAAUAUCAGUUGGAAAAUCAGGCGUUUUCUUGAUGGAUGUGUUGAUCGGAUGGAUUUACCGUCGGCCUGAAGAAUUUGUGCAUCUAUCGGAAAAAUGUGACCCAGGAGCUUUAGUGAUAUUCGCUCACUGGGCGGUUCUUUUGAAGUACAUGGAGACGUCGUGGUUUAUGGAAGGCUGGGCUAAACACGUGUUGACGGGGAUAUCAGGCUCUCUGCAUGUACGUCACCGAUCUUGGAUCGAAUGGCCUUUACAAAAAGUCGAGAAGGCUUAA